AAUAUAUUAUUUGGAAUAAAAUACCAAAUUGAAUUUGGUGCUUAUUGACAUUCUUUUAACCAUUUGAUUUAUGCUUUCUCCCUCACUUUCUUUCCUCCUUCGGCUGAAUGACGUACGCACUUCACAGCAACAUGGAGCCAGAGUGAGACCAGUGCGCAUGCGCGCCCACAGACCGACGCAGCCGCCACAGAGAAGAGAUUACAAGCCACUUGGUCAAAAGUGACAAAAGACAAAGGAGCCAACUACCUUGUGGAAAACAACCGAGUCCGCUUUUACUCUUCUAACCUGCGUCCCGCAGUCUCCUGCGGAGACACGGGGUGCUUUGUUUGGCAGCUUGGCAAUGGAACAAAAGGCAGGAAAACUACAAGCUGGAAGAAGCAAUCAACACAAAAUAACUUGGAGGAUGAAGGCGGUCGUCAACACAGUGGUGAAAGUGUGAUUCCUUUCUUCCUCUAUUUCCCAUGCGACCGCUUGUUUUGUCUACACGUUCAUUACCCAAGACAGACUGUGUCUCCAAAUUAAGACGUGAACCUUUAACGCCCAUCGAUCAAGCAGGAAAACAAAAGCUGCUCUCGUCCAAGAGGCUGAGUGGUUACUACGGCGAUGGUUGUCAUGAUGCGGAUGUAGCUACCAGAAGGUGUGCGGCAAACCACGUGGGAUGGGCAGCACUCCGUAUCCAGGUGGCGAGUGGAAAGGGAAGAGCAAGGGGGGUCUUCAGGAGCUGGGUUGCAUGCCCUGGAAGGUCAGCAAGCAAAAAUGUGGAAGUGGGCCGGUGAGAGCGGAAGAACCGCAGCAGGAUAUUCCCACCUUCUCGUGCAUGCUCAUGACGCCGCAGCUUCCGCGAGCCUCGGCGGGCGGUGCGACGAUCUACCAUGAAAAGCAGCGUCGGGAGUUGUGCGCGCUUCACGCGCUCAAUAACGUCUUCCAAGAUGGGGCAGCCUUCAGCAGGGACACUUUGCAGGAGAUCUACCAGAGGCUUUCCCCCAGCACUCUGGUGACGCCUCACAAGAAGAGUAUGCUGGGAAACGGGAACUACGACGUCAAUGUCAUCAUGGCCGCCUUGCAGACGCGAGGAUUUGAGGCAGUUUGGUGGGAUAAAAGGAGGGACGUCGGCAGCAUAGAGCUGUCCAACGUGACCGGCUUCAUUCUCAACGUUCCGUCCAAUUUGCGCUGGGGACCUCUGCAGCUGCCGCUCAAACGCCAACACUGGAUCGGGGUGCGAGAGGUGGCGGGGGUCUACUACAACCUGGACUCCAAGCUACGUGGCCCUCAAACCAUCGGCAGUCCAGAUCAGCUCAGGAACUUCCUCCGCCAGCAGCUGCGAGGGAAGAACUGUGAACUUCUGUUGGUGGUGUCGGAGGAAGUGGCGGCGCAACAUACGUGGCGCUCCGACAGCUGAGGAAUCCUGCCGCCAAUCACCACCGCGCUCAGCCCGGCGCUCCUCUGAGAUUUAUUCACUGGUGGAGUUGUCUGUGUUUUUGUUGUUGUUUUUUUUAAAUGUUCCCUUUUCAGGGUGGUGGGAGGGGGGUUGUUUACACACUCAAUUGCUGGACUGUCUUGAACAGAUGCGAAGCAAUGAAGACGGCAAACAUUUUCCAGGGAGGAUUAGUUCAGGAGUUGUUUACUAGUGUUGCACCGAUACUUUCUGAUGGGAAUUGAAAUGAGUUUGUCACUGGUGGAUGUGCAAUUCAUUUAAUGUCACUGCAUCGGCAGGGAUGUCACCCCCACUAACAUGGCCGCCGACAGGUCUUUUCAUGCUUCCGAGUUGUUUAUCACUAGUAGACGUCCAAUGCAUUUGAAAUGGGUGGGUGGCAGCGAGUGAACAUUUGUUCAUUCGCUGCCACCCUCCCAGUUCAGACGCAUUGGACGUCUAUGGUGGUCAAUGGCAAACGAUGAGUUUAAUUUGGGGGAUUUUUUUUUUUUCAUUUGCUGUUGAAUUUCAGUCACUUCCUGUUGAUUUUGGGUUACAGAACAUGAGGUGAUCUGGGAAUCUCCCCAAAUGAAUGGGCAGUGACCUGAAAAUACCCUAAAAACUUCAGUGGAUUGACUGCCAUCGACGGUGCUAGAAGUCCAAUCAGUUAAAAAGUAGUUCUUCCUCUGGUCAAGAUGCACUCUCCAACUGAAUUAGUUAAUAACUAUUAGACGUCCAAUCCAAGUGGGAGGGAUGGCGCCAUCGAUGGCAGCCACUGAGUAAAUAGGGUUAGGGUGGCUUUGACAUUGACCUUUUAAAAAUCAGUCAUGAAAUAAGCUAGUUAUACCUCUGUGAAGUUGGCCUCCUAUCAGACGCAAAUUUAUAUAAACAUGUCAAUCGUUUGUGCUGAAAAAAGUUUCGUUUUUGCUAUCGUUUUUAAAAUAUUUACUAUUCUUUUAGAGGUCGAUCUUAGGUCAACCAGCCCCCCAUUUUAAAUAAAAAUGGCAUCAAUUGUUUAUGCUGGUUUGUGCUGUAAAACGUUUCAUUUGAGCUGCUAUUGUUUUUGAGAUAUUAAUUUCGAAUGUUGCCAUUCGUUUAUGCUACGUUUGUGCUGCUUUUCGUUUUAUAGAUAUGGCGAUAUUACUUUCGAGUGAUGACAUCACCCACGUCUUUUCUGUAUUCAACUCCCGCGGCUGACAGAGCAUACCAAUUCUCUCAAUAACAGAGGGGUGUCCCAAAACUAGCGCAAAU